UGACAGUUAAAGGCCUCUAUUUGCAGAGAGCCAAACCGGUCCCUGUGCAAGCGUCAAGUGUGCCACUAGACAUUGGGAUAAACAAUACAAACUUUCCUGUUUGGAAAUCUGACACGUAGUUAAAGAAGGGAAAAGGAAAGUAAAACAUUUUGAAGUGGAUCUAUCAUGGCAGCCGGCCAUGUGUCCAUGCCGGGUGCCACAGGCUCCAACCUGGAAUUUGCUGACUACAGUCUCUAUAGCAACCUGUCUGAUGAUGAGCUCAUGCAGCUGGCAAUCGAGCGAAGCAUCGCUGAUGCCCAGAACUCUGGGCCAGGCACUGAAAACUCAAAGAGCCCUGUUCUAAACAGGCCAGCAAGCCCACGCCGAGCUCCACCAUCACAUCGUCCCCAACAGCAGACAGAACCAGCUGCGUGUCCCGCCAAUCCACCCAGAGAAACGAUAAAUACACAGGAUGUGAUUUCAGUAAGUCACUUUAUGACUGGUUGUGGCAAGCGAAUGGUGGCCUACCGAAAAUAUGAUGGAAGUAUGCAAGUCGCCCCUGAGCCUGAAGAGGAGCUUGAGCCCAUUGUUAAGGCAAUUUCAGAAGGAGAUGUGGGAUCAGUGAGACUGAUGGUUAAGCAACCAGACUGCAACCUCCUUAAACCAAAUAAAGAUGGAUGGAUUCCUUUGCAUGAGGCGGCAUAUUAUGGACAAGAUCAAUGUAUUAAAAUUAUUUUGAGAGCUCAACCUGGGAUGAUCAACCAGCGCACUUUGAAAGAGCAGACAGCUUUAAUGAUAGCUGUGACCAGGGAACAUCUUGCAUGUAUGGAGUGCCUUCUGGAGAAAGGAGCCGAUCCUGAUAUUGCCAAUAAGGAGAAGGAGACUCCUCUUUACAAAGCUUGUGAGAAGGAGAACCCAGCGAUGGUUGCCAUGUUACUGAAUUACGGCGCCUCUGUGAAUAAGAACUGUAUUCAAGGCUGGACCGCUCUCCAUGAGAGUGUGUGCAGGAACAAUGUGGAAAUCUGUGAGAUGCUGAUGAAAGCCGGAGCCAAAGUCAGCAUACCCAACAUGUACGGAAUCACUCCUAUCUUUGUUGCUGCCCAAAGUGGAAAAGUGGAUGCACUUCGCAUGCUUUUAAAAAAUGGUGCAGAUCUCAACAGCCAGGCUGCGGAUGGAGCCACAGCGCUGUAUGAGGCCUGUAAAAAUGGUCAUGAGGGCAUUGUAGAGUUUCUUCUAUCUCAAAAUGCAGACGCCAACAAGCCAGGCAAAACAGGACUGUUGCCAAUUCACAUUGCUGCCCAGCGUGGCAAUGACAGCAAAGACCUCCUCACUUUCGGGAAUAGCUGCAAAAAUGUCAGGGCAACUAAUAUCAUAUCCAUGCUGAUCCCAGCCACAAGCAAGGCCAGAGUGAGACGUACAGGUAUCAGUCCCCUCCAUUUAGCAGCAGAGCGCAACAGAAACGAUAUUCUUGAAGCCCUAAUCGAGGCCGGCUUUGACGUCAAUGCCACGCUGUCUGAAGAUCGUUCUAUGAUGUAUGAAGAUCGGCGCAGCACAGCUCUAUACUUUGCCGUCAUGAACAACAACAUCGAUGCUACCACCAUGCUCCUGAAGGCUGGUGCUAAUCCAAACCUGGACGCGUUCAAUCCGCUCCUGGUGGCCCUGAGGCAGGGUUGCAUCCAGACAGUGACUUUGCUGGUGGAACAUGGUGCUAAUGUCAAUGCCUACAUCCCAACUCAUCCAACUACAUUUCCAGCAAGUAUUAUGUUCUGCAUGAAGUAUCUGACCUUACUGAAGUAUCUAAUGGAUAAUGGCUGUGAUGCCAUGUCAUGUUUCAAUUGCAAUUAUGGCAGCAAUCCUCAUCCACCUAUAAAGACUAGGCGUAAUCCGAGAUACGAUUCAGAUGAUGUUGUAGAAAAGACCUGUGUUCAGUUCUGUGAGAUGAUCUCCACCGAAAACUACUCCCGCUGGGCAGGACCGAUUAUAGACGUGCUGCUUGACUAUGUUGGGCAUGUGAAACUCUGUGCACGACUCACUGAACAUCUGGACAGUUACUACGAGUGGCAGUGCAUCAAAGAGAAAGCGACGCCUCCACGCCCACUCAUGCAGCUCUGCAGACUGAAAAUCCGCAAGCUGCUCGGGAUCAAGAGACUGAAGAAGAUUCAAAGGCUUCCAGUUCCUCCAAGGCUGAUCAAAUUCCUAAAUCAUCAAGAACGAGAGCAAGAACAGUUUUAAGCCUGCUUUUGAAUGUUGACUCGUAGUGAACACGGAGAAAACAAUGCAAUUAGAAAAUCAUACUCAUCUGUUUGCAGAACUUGCACUGAGCUUAAAUUAUGGAAUAAAUGGCUUUUGUUCUGAGUCA